UCUGUCCAGCAUCGAGCACAUCUAUGGACAUAGUUGCAGUAACGACUGUCGGUUCAAACGUACGAAAGAUGAAGUCGCAUCAAUCGCGAUUUUCUUUGGCUGGAAUGUAGACGACUAGAAUAUAUCGAAUGGAAGAAAGAAGAUAACGAUCGUCGUGAAAGAGAGAGAGAGAGAGAGAGAGAGAGAGAGAGAGAGAGAGAGUGUGUGUGAGAGAGUGUGAUUGAUCGGUGAUCGAUUGCGUGAAAUAACGUUCGAGUGGCGAUUCGCACUCGCGUCGCAAACCAAAUGUUCCCCUCCAGUUUGCUUGCAAGCUUUUUGCAAAAAGCAAAAAAAGGAGGCGAAAAGAGGGGAGCAAUAUCGCGAUACUUUCGAGCUUUUAUUCACCGAUAAAGUGAAAUCGGAGAAAUUUGAAAUAUUUAGGAAUAAAGUAUAUCUCUUUAAGAAGAAUAAAAGGCAAAGUCGGGUUCAAGAUAAAAAAAAAAAAAUCAUUGGCUGUGCGUUUAUUAACGUAAAUGAUAGUGUUCAUCGAUUGUACAGAUAUAUAUCGAUUCGUUUCGAAGAUAUUCUGAAGAAGGAAAAAUAAAGAAGAUUGAGAGGACGUUGAGGAGGAUAAAGGACGAAAAGUCGUGACGAAGUAAUAGAAGAUAAAAAGAAAAAAAAUUGAAAAGAAAAACAAAAAAAAUUAAAAAAAAAAAACAAAAAAAAAUGUUGUGAAGGGAUAUUCUCCUAUAUAAUCAAAGUUAAAAUUAACGAUUAUCAAUUAAAUAUAAAACAUAUAAUACACGUAUAUAUAUAACUACGGUACACGUACGUGAUACGUAAUAUUAGCAAUAAAAUAACGCGUAUUCCUUCGCGUUAGUAAACAAGCAAUAAACAAGUUCGGUCCUUUUCGUCUUCGUUAUUGUUUUAAGAGAAAUUAUAAACGCGUUCGGUGUGGAUCGUGGAGUCUACCAACUGUGGUGCUCCUCCUCGCUAUCAACGACGCUGGACGCUAUAUUUUUUUAAUCACGAUAUUGGUGUGUGAAAUAAAUAAGAAAAAAGAAAGGGGGUGAAGAUACAACAAGAUGGCGUUCGCCGCGGCAAGAAUGAUCCUGAAGGACAAGAGGCGGAAGGCCAGCAAAGAGGACUUCGCACCUCGAAACAGAAGCAAGGCCCGCAGCGCCAGUACAAGUAGCUUUAGAAGCCUGAGCCAGGCACGCAACAAACCAGCCGAUGGAGUUGGCCACGUGAAUCAAAAAGGUGCGACGGGUCAAAAGGCACCGUUAGCGGCUGGACAAAAGGGGGCUCCUGGUGCCAAGGUCGCGACAAAGCCAGCGCAGAAGCCAACAGCUCAAAAAGGGCAGGUCAAAGUUACCCCUAAGGCUGCCUCUGUUAAAACAGGAAAGAACAAAAAGAAAGGCCAGAGGCAACAGUACGAUCUCAUCGUCACCAUAAAUUUGUCCGAGUAUGGUCUCACGGAAGAUCAAGUGGCUGAAUUCAAAGAAGCAUUCAUGCUGUUCGAUAAAGACGAGGAUGGAACAAUCACCAUGGCUGAACUUGGUGUGGUCAUGCGAUCUCUGGGACAGAGACCGUCCGAUACGGAACUACGAGAUAUGGUGAAUGAAGUGGAUCAAGAUGGUAAUGGUACCAUCGAGUUUAAUGAGUUCCUGCAAAUGAUGUCAAAGAAGAUGAAGGGAGCAGACGGGAAGGACGAGUUACGCGAAGCGUUUAGAGUAUUUGACAAGAACAAAGACGGCCUGAUCUCAUCGAAGGAAUUACGGCACGUAAUGACGAAUCUCGGUGAAAAAUUGUCGGAGGAAGAAGUCGAUGACAUGAUCAAGGAGGCGGACUUAGAUGGUGAUGGAAUGGUUAACUAUGAAGAAUUCGUGACAAUUUUGACGUCGAAAAAUUAGUUCGUUGGUCGUCUAAUCUGACAACGAUGUUGAUGGAGAAGAAGAAAAAGAAGAAGAAGAAGAAGAAGAAAAGAAGGAAGCACGCAAAGUUCCUCGCCAGGAUCGUAGAUAGAAAGAAGGACGUUUAUUGCGAUAUCCUAGCAUUCAGCAGCACCAGCAGCAGCAACAGCAGCAGUAAAAGAAGCAAUCACAGCAGCAACAAUGUCAAAAUCAUCGUCCUAAAAGUAACUAAAUGAGCGUGUCGAGUCAAUCGAAAAUUCUCGUCGAAUUUAUCGAUUCUUCGCGUAUGAAAUUAAAACAAACAAACAAACAAAAAAUAAAAAAGAUUAAACAAAACAAAACAAAACAAUGGAAAAAAAAGAAACAUUGAAACAAUACGAUGAUGUUCGCCGAUCUUUUAAAAGAAAAACAUGUGUCCGCACGCGCGAAAAAGACACAAUACCACACAUACACGGACACGAAAAAAGACGAUAUGCGUACACACCUCGCUUUCUUCGGAAGAAAAUGAAGAAGAUAGAAAAAACGAAGAAAAUCUAGAAAGAUUCCUAAGUAAGAACGAAUGUCUAUGAAAAGAGAGAAAGAGAGAGAGAGAGAGAGAGAGAGAGAGAAAAUGGAAUUAACAAAGCGAGGUGGUCGUUCCCGAAACAAUCAACUGAGCUUCGUUUAACAUUUACCUACUCUACUUAAUGCUAAAACAUAAAAGAAUAGUUGUUACGAGUACCAUUUAGGAAAAAUUCAGAUAAAAGAGAAACAUCCUUGAAUCCAAAUCCUCGAAUCCUUUUCCCUUUUUUCCUACCUUUCUCUCCCCUUUAAUAAUUAGUACGACUUAUGAUGUGAGAAAAAAAUAAAACUAUAGUUAGGUCGUGUAAAAGCGGGUUUAUUAUUAGCAUAUGCGGUUGCCGUUUACGUAUGCUAUUAUUUCCCAGGAGCAAACUCGUAAUCUCUCGAGGCAUGUGUGUUACCGCUAAUUUCCCUCCCAUUCCUCUUAUCCACAAGCGUUCCCUAUCCUUCACCAACUCUCUCUUCCUUAGAUUAUAUAUGUAUAUUCUUGGUGGACGAGGCUAAUAUAAGUUUAAUGAAAAAGAAAAAGAAGGAGAAUAAGAAGAGAUAGGAAAGGAAUAAUAAUAAUAAUAAUAACAGCAACAAAAAAUAGAGAAAAAAAAAGAAAAAUAAAAACAAAAAAAAAUGAGGAUUACGAUAAGAAGGACCGAUUUGGGAUAUUAUCACUUGUCAGGUUCGAUUCGCUUUUUCGAGUGACUUGAGCGUGAGAGCGUGCAACAGCUAUGUAUAUUAGUCGACAUUUUUACAGUAAAAAUUAUUACACGAAAGGCAGUCGCAACCUCGGACGGCAGACGACUACUACUACUACUACUACCACUUACUACUAUUACUAAUACUACUACUACUACUAUUACUACUACUACUACUACUAUUACUAUUAUUACUAUUCUAUUAUUACUAUAUUACUAUUUCGGUAAUAUUGCGAGCAGCAGUUUUUUCAAAGGUGUUCAAACGUCGUUGUCAAUCGCAUAGCCCCCUUUAUAUCCGACGAGGAAAAGAAAGUUAAAAGAAUUCCAUGAGCGCGUUGAUCGCCUUUUUCUCGAGUAUAUAUAUACAUGUAUGUAUAUGUAUGUAUAUAUAAGAAUUUGGUAAAAAAUGAAAUAAAAGUGAAGACAGAAGAGAGAGAGAGAGAGAGAGAGAGAGAGAGAGAGAGAGAGAGAGAGAGAGAGAGAGAGACAAGUGGAGCAGAUUUCCUCAAAAAUGUAUAUAGAUCAAAAUAUAGCAGAAUCUACGGUACGCACAAGUUUCAGCUUUCUCGCUUUACGAUAAAGAAAAAAAAGACAUAAAAACAAAAGGGAUUAGAAGAAGAAAAAUAAAAUAAUAGAAAAUAAAAAAAGGAAAAUAAAAUAAAUCCUAGUUUUCAUCUCGCUCAUUGUUAAUGUUUCGUACGCCACACUUGAUGAAAGGACAAACCUAGAGAGAGAGGAAGAAAGAGACAGAGAAAGACAGAGAGAAAGAAAAAGAGAGAGAGAGAGAGAGAAAGAGAGAAAAAGACGAUCAAAGAGAAACGACGUGCUUCCUUCGAGAAAAGAAGAAAACGAGAAAAAGCAGAAGAACAAAAGCUUUCUCCUUCUGUUUUAAUCUCUGCCGUCGCUAAAUUUGUCUCUUCUUCGUUUGCUAAAUUAUUAGCAAGACGUGUCCCCCGACAAUUUGCGGCAAAAGGUGAUCAAGAACAACACGCUCGGUGCUCACUAUCCUCCUCUGUCUCGAUGUUCAAACUGUGAAAAAAAAAGAAACAAAAAAAAAAAGGAAACCUAAGAAGAACGAAGCAUACUUUUAUGAUUAUAUUAUAAGUAAUUGUAUUGAUUGUGCACACCUCUCCCAUUUCUGGCUCUAAAAUUCCUUAGAGAAGUACAAUUUCUGCUCAGUCCAUCAUCCUUGCCCCUUCAAUAAAAAGUCAUUAAUCCGUAGGACUAUUAUUAACGAGAAGUUAGUUUGAGAUACUAGAGACAGUCCUGUAGUUAUAAUAAAAUACGUACACGUAAAGAUUCAAUAAAAUUGCAUUAUACACCUAUGUACCUAUAUAUUAUAUAUAUAUAUAUAUAUAUAUAUAUAUAUAUAUAUAUAUAUGUGUGUAUAUAUAUAUAUAUAUACACGUAUAUACAGAUGUUAUUACCAUAAGGUCAGAACAGGUACAUUUUAUUGGAUUAUAUUCAUAUAUUUAGUAUAACACAACAAAUGAAAAAAAACAAACAACUUAUAUAUAUACACACACAUGCAUUACAUACGUACGUAAAUAAUUAUUAUUAUUAUUAUUAUUAUUAUUAUUAUUAUUAUUAUUAUUAUUAUUAUUAUUAUUAUUAUUAUUAUUAUUAUAUACAUAUAUGUAUACAUAUAUAUAUAAACAAAAAAAUAUAUAUAUAUUAUAUUAUAUACACGAUAGUGGUGUACGUCGGUGGUAUACUGGCAUUAAUAUUUUUAUGGUUUUAAACAAAAAUAGUUCAAAAAUGAGAGCGAAAGGAAGAGCGAAAGAGAAAAUGUGUAUAUAUGAAAGAAAGAGAGAGAGAGAGAGAGAGAGAGAGAGAGAGAGAGAGAGAGAGAGAGAGAAAAGGGAAGAAAAAGGAAGAUAAUUCCGACUAUUAUAAUUAUGCAAACGAUAUAAAAGGCGUUUGUAAAAUUAACCCAAAAAAGAAAAGAUUUGGGCGAGAAAUGAAGAAACGAGCGUUGAUACGUAAAUAAGCAUUUAUUAUCACGUGUGUAUUUUUGUAUCGUGAUAAUCUACUUCUUGUAUCACGAUAGCGAAUGAGCAAUUAUUGUCCGUAUAUGAAGAGUCGAGGAAAUAUUGAAAAGAUUAAAACGUGGAUUAUCAUUGAACCGUUGAUGAUGUUUAUAGCGCGGUGAUUUCACGUACAUACAUAGAUGAUAGACAAUAAUUAAGUUCUUUAGUUUAGGAGACACAAUACAUUACAUAUUUACAUACUUACAUAUAUAGAGAAAAAGAAAAAUUAAAAAGAAGGAGAGAGAGAGAGAGAAAGAGAGAACGAAAGAACGAGAGAAAGAGAGUAUGAAAGUAUCGAUUAUAAUUAUUAAAAAGACAAAUGCAAUGCUUGAAUGUUUGGUAAUGUAAAUACAUACUGCACAAGUAUGGCUGCGUAUUUCAUAUUAUUAUUUUCAUUUGUGUUUUCUUUCUUCUGGAUUGUUUAUUGAAAAAAGGGAUAUGAUAAUAAUGGUGACGAGAAAAGAAAGAGAGAAAAAUAUAAUAUUAAAAAGGUAUCAUUCCGAUGCGAUUUAUUUCUCUUUUAGAGAAAAUGAGACUUGUCUUUUAUCAUUCAACGCUUUUAGCCACUUUCUUUUUUGGGUUAAUAUUGAUAUCACGUUUCUAGAAAGCCGUGUGAAAUCUUUGAAAAUAUAAAAGAUGAUAUGUAAAAGGCACAGAAGAAGAAUGAAAGAGAGAGAGAGAGAGAGAGAGAGAGAGAGAAAGAGAGAGAGAAUGUAGACAACAGGCGUAUUUACCUAAUAUUACGAUCGUCGUUUACUAGCCAUUCUCCUAUCCGCGUUUUAUGCUUACCAAUUGCAUCUAAAUAUCCAUUAAGUUGUUCCUUUUCUUCUUUAUCUUUCUAUCAAGAUUAAUAUCAUUCAAAUAAACCGUAGCCUUCCCAUUAAGAAACGAUUUUCAUGUACACGCGAGAUCUUAAUCGACAUAAUUUAUGAUUUUAUCUCUCAAUUUUCUUUUCAUUAUUUCAUAUAAUUAAUUAAUCAAUUAAUUAAAUUCUAAUAAUGAUAUAUUUAUAUAACGCGGUGGGCUCGUAAACGAUGUAUAAUAACUAUACCCUAUAGUAAAGUUUACGGCUGUGUGUAAUAAUAACGAUAUUAUCACAUAGUAAUGGCAAAAGAUAUAUAAACAAAUGAAAACGCUCGCUUUGGCGUUUACAAAAAAAAAACAAAAAAAAAAAACAAACAAAAAAAGAACAAAAAAAAAGAAAGAAAGAAAGAAAGAAAGAAAAAGAAAUAAAAAUAUAAAGAUGCGAAUGAAGAGGAGCUUAAUAAGCUAUCACAAAUAGUAAUGUAUAACGUCCCGAAGACAAUAUAGGUAUUUCUCUAACAAUUUCUAUGUGCGAAACAAAGCUUGACUUGAAUCGCGUUGAUGGCCUACGUUUUUUUAUCAGUCGUUUUAAUCGGAUCGAUUCCGUUGAUCGUAGAAUCGCGAUUAUUAGAACGAUAAAAUCAAAAUCAAAGAAGUAUAGAAGCGAGAUAUUUUCGUUAAUUAUUAUUAUUAUUUUUUUUUUCUUUUUUUUUUCUUUCCCUUAAAGGACAAUUAUCGAGAAAAUGUACCGCGAUUUUCACGACACGGACCGACUCCCGGUGAUAUCGAAUUGGAAAUUUUAUCCUCGCAUUUAAACGCACGAUCUCUCGUAACGCGCUCGUGUACUUCGCGCUCUAAUCACCGAUAUUUUUUUUUUCUUCUGCUACGGGCGAUAAAUUUUGCUUUAAAUAGGGUAACAGCGUUUCUUCUUUUAUUUACGUUAUUGAACUUUGAUAUUUGUGUAUAUGUAUGCGCCUUAUUUAAUUAGAUUAUAUUUAAAUAGAUACCGAAAGAAAAGCAAAAUUUAUAGCUUCGUUUUGAAAGCAUCGAUUUUGAAUAUAAAGAAAGAGAGUGAAAGUUAAAGAAAGAUAGAGUGAGAAAGUAUGUGUGUGUGUGUGUGUGAGAGAGAGAGAGAGAGAGGAAGGGAAAGAGAAUAGGUAAAACAAGGUUUCAUUAUUCAGCUGCAUAAAAAUGAAUAGAAUAUUUUUAUAAGUCAUUUCUUGCGCCAAAUCCUAAUCAUACAUACAUAAAAAAUAAAGGAAAAAGAAACAUAAAAAAAGCUAUACCUACUUGCUAAGUUUUUCAUCGUGCGUUCACUAUUGUACUAUAUAUAUUAUUGCAUAGCAAAAAGUGUUGCAUAUUGUGUUAUAUAUUUCAAAGAUUAUCUUUGAUAUACAAGUUAGUGCAUCGAUCAUUGCACCCUUAUAUAUUAUUAUUAUUAUUAUUAUUAUUAUUAUUAUUAUUAUUAUUAUUAUUAUUAUUAUUAUUAUUAUUAUGAUUAUUAUUAUUAUUAAUAUUAUUAUAUUGUUCACGCGUAAAUAUGUUAAUGUUUGUUGAGUGUAUGUAUGAGAGGGAGAAAGAAAGAAUGAGAGAGAGAGAGAGAGAAAAAAAGAGAGAGAAAGACAGAGAGAGAGACAGAGAAUGACAGACGAAGAGAACAACACAAGUCUUCCUUUCAAUGAAUAUUUCAAAGAUCGAAGAUAAAGAUUUUUUUCUUUCUUCGAUAUUUCCCUUUCCAAUUUUUAUCACACGAAUCGAUAAUUCUUCUCAACAAUUUUCCUCUUCUUCAGCCUUCGAAAAAUUCUAAAAUCUUCGACAAAGAAAUUUUCGAAUCUCUUUUUUGCCUCGUCGUUCACGUUGUAUUUCUAAUAUUCUUUCUUAAGUCUUAGUUUAUGGAAAGAAAAGUCGGUGCCAAUCAUUUUCCUCGUACGAACAUUCGAGAGUAUAUCGACGUUCUUUGCUUCCUUUAUUUUAUUUUUCUACUCUUUUUCUUUUUUCCUCUCCUCCCUCUCCCCCUGUCUCUCCCUCUCUCUCUCUCUCUCUCUCUCUCUCUCUCUCUCUUUCUUUUUUCGCGAGGAAGAUUAAAAUUUAUGUGAGAAUCACUCAUUUACGUGUUUGUUUAUGUGAGAAGUAAAAGUACGGAAGAUAAAUUAGAUGAACGUAAUGCGAUCUUUUUAGAUCUUUUCGUUAAAUGUAUUGAUCGCAUGUAACUUUUGUAAAACCGUCCUUCAUCUUCGGUUCUUCAUCUCCGUCCCCUAAUCCCUUUUACCUUUCUCAAUUUUCCUCUCUAACAUAUCGUUCUUUUUUAGUCGGUCCCGCUAAUGAAAUAAAUGAGAGGGCAAAGUGAUGAAUGGCGAGAUAAAAGGAAUUUAGUCGAUAUCAAAAGAAAAGAAAAAAAAAAAAUAACGCAAGAGUAAUCAAAUAAACGUACGUGUAAAGUCGAUAGAUUGUAUAUUUGUGAGAGAAUCUGAUAUAUAGCGUUAGACGUUUAAUAUUUAUAAUUAUAAAUGUAAGUAUAGAACUCUAUUAGGUUUUAUCAAUCGAGAGAUCUUUUUCGCGAAGAUAAUAUAAUUAUCGAGAAAGAAAGAGAGAAAGAGAAAGAACGAGAGCGCACGCGCGACAGAGAGAGAGAGAGAGAGAGGGAUCACGGAAAUGAUCUUGUCGAUCAAAUUUAUCCUUUAGACAAAACGUAAUUGUUAAGUUUUACGUUCGGCGAUGUAAAAUCUUUCGCGUUGAUUAUAUUAUCGAAUCGUGAAUGUGCAAUCGCGUAGGCUAUCGAACGAGUAAUAAAAAUGAGAUAGAGAGAGAGAGAGAGAGAGAAAUCAAUCGAUCAGUGUUUAUUUUAUGAUCAAGAGAAAUCGCUCGGGCCGCAAACAAGCGGGAAAUUUGAAACGACGAAAAAAAAAAUAAUUAAAAGUAUUUCUAUCUUUAUAAUCGGGAUUGAAAAUUUUCAAGUAUUCUCAAGCGUGAUCGAUAGUUAUCGAUCAUAGACAAAGAGAGCUCGAACCUCGCGUUGAAUUUCGCGUCGUUCGUGAUCAUUUUCUAUUUCCCCGUUAUAAUAAUUUUCUAUGAUCGUUCUUCAACUAUACUUCCCAUGUGGUUUAUUUGCCUACGCGUAAACGAGCGAUUCGAUUUAAUACGAUAAUAAAAAGCAGCUGCGGUAGAAAAGCGAGAUGAUCGUAACGACUGCCGUAUUUGAGUGAUAGAAAACAAAGAGAGAUGAUAAAGAGAUUAAAAGAAGAAGAAAAAAAAAGAAAAAAGAAACAAAACACAAACACGUCUUUCAUUAUUAUAUUAGAGAUUAUGAUAAUGAGCGUAUUACACGAUCGUGCGUAUUAUAUAUUCGUCAUAUAAGAGAGGAGGACUCGUAAACGGUUAAUAAAUGUUUCGCGAUGAUGAAUCUUAAACUUUGAGAAUCUACAAAUUUUUCUUUCUUUAUCUAUUCGUUAAUUUGUAGGAAAAAUCUGAAUCUUUUCUCUACGUCCAUAACUAUUGUUAUACUGCUAUUAUUAUUAUUAUUAUUAUUAUUAUUAUUAUUAUUAUUAUUAUUAUUGUUAUUAUUAUUAUUAUUAUUAUUAUUGUUAAUAAUAAUAAUAUUGUUUGUUUGUUUGUUUGUUCGUUUCUUUUUUAAUUAUUAUAUUAUUAUUGUCGUUAUUAUUUGCCAUCGGGUCUUUAAGGUUUAAGGAGACUACGAUAAUGUAAGACAGGAUAUAAGUAUUAUGCGUUAAUAGAAGAAGUAUUAUAAUGGAGGUGUAUUAGGCAUAUAUAGAAUAUCAUUUGUAAGUACACGAGCAUGAGCUUGUUUUACUAUGCGACGAUGACAAUGACAAUUACGAUUGAUAAUAAUGACAAAAACGAAAACGAAGACGACGACGAUGAUGAAAACGACGACGACGACAAUGACGAUAACGACGACGACGAUGAUGACGAUGAUGAUGAUGAUGAUGAUGAUGAUGAUGAUGAUGAUGAUGAUGAUGAUAUCGCACUGUGAAUGAAAUAUUUAUAUUUUUACUUAAGAAAUGGCUCUAAUAAUGUUUCUAACGAUCUGUCCCCGCAAGACGGGGAUUUUCAUAAUCUUAUUUUUCUAGAGUAAAUAUCGAAAUAAUUAUUAUUAUGUUAUGACGAAACGUGCUAAUAAGAUGCGGUAAACAAAGUAAAUAGGUCAAAGGAGAACACACAAAUGAGAAUAAAGAGUGUGCGUAUUUGUUUAUGUGUGUAUGUGUGUGUAUUUGGUUAAAAGAAAGAAAAAGAAAGAGGGAGAGAGAGAGAAAUAUAAAAAAAAAAGAAAAAGAAAAAAAAGCGAACGUAUUUCCCUUUUGGUAUGAUGCAGCUAUGUGUAAAAUUUUCUUGGAAAAAAAAUUUUACAAGUUGGUUCGAUGUAUCCCACAAAUACAAAUGUAUAUAUAUAUAUAUAUAUAUAUAUAUAUAUAUAUAUAUAUACAUACAUACGUAACGUUUUUACUGGUCUCACAUGUUUAUUCGACGGUAAGAAACAGACUUUAACGUGCUGUAUACGUUUUGUGAUCGAUCGAUCUAUGAGCGCGACGUUUAAAUGUCACCCCUCUUAUGUAUGACAUAUAAAGUUUAUCCUAAGAAAUUUUCAAUUUAACGCGGGUACACAUUCCUUUUAAUCAUUGUUGCAUUUCACGAAGAAAAUCGAUUCUAAUUUCUAAUCCUUCUGCGUCAUUUAAUAAUAUUAGCUCGUUUAUUCUUUUCUUUGUACUUUUCAAUCGUGAUUCAUCGAUUUAAAAUAAAAAAUAAAAAAAAAAGAAAGGAAGGAAAAAAUGAAUAUAAGCGUAGAAAUAAAUUAAAGAAAAGAAAAUGUCGUUCGAAUUUGUAGACGCAAUUCAAAUGAGAAUGUAAAAUAUAACCAGACGCAGUGAGAAUAAAACGAUACGAUAAGGCUAUUGCUGGGAUAGAACAGCUGUGCAAAUUGCGAACGAGUUCUUUUAUCACACAUACACACACACAUGCAUAUAUAUAUGUAUAUAUAUAUAUAUUAUAUAUAUGCAUACAUACGUAUACGCAUAGAAAUAUCAUACAUAUGUACGUUUGAAACGUUACAUGCUUUUACGUGUAUAAGAUGGCUAAAAUAAAAGCUAUGCUGGCUACAUAAAUACACGCGCCUAUAAUAUGCCGUUGCUUGGGUAUAUAUAAAAAUACAUUACGUACAUACAUAAUCGAAGAAAUAUACAGCGCGUAUUCCUUCGUUAAUUAAUUAAAUGGCCUAUUAGAAUCGGAUAAAUAAAAAAAUAACAUUGGCUGUUCUAUUACUAUACGAAGAAUAAAUUGUUGUUCGUGAAAAUUUUUAAUCGAAAUGAAAAGAAAGUCUUCGUUUUGCGAGCUUUUUGCGAUCGUCGGGGAAUGUUCUUCAAACGUUCAUACUAUUUAUCGUUUCGCGAGCGAAAUCAAAGAAGAGAACGAGACGUCAAAAAUAAUCCAUAUUAUUAUUGGCCAUCGAACGUUUACGAUUAUGUUCCAUUGAUCGUUCGUUUUCGUGAUCCACUAACGUACAGAACAUAGCUAUAUUUAAAUAUCGAAAUUUCUAAUGUUCGUUAAUUUCCUUUAACAAUGCGCUCCUCAAUUUCUCUAAACUACGUUACCUGCGAAUGUAUGUUUCUAUUCGAAUCUGCUCCACUCACGUUUCGUCGUAAGGUGGAAAAAUAAGACAUAAAGGAUGAAAAAAAAAAAAAGGAAAACGGAUGAAAAAGUAAAAAAAGGAAAAAAGAAAAGAAAAAAAUAAAAAAGAAAAACAAGAUGAUGAAGAAAUUAAUAUCUAUAGAGACGGAUACUGUCGCGCGAAGAGUAAAGUAUAUGUGAUGUUAGACGUAUGCAAUCAUGUUACGUGUAAUGUUGUGUAUCGUAAGAUUAGUCGAUAUAAAAGGUGGUGGUGUGUAAUGAUGGAAUGUAAUACAUGUAAUCGAGUUAUCCCUAAAUACAGCCAUUUUAUAAUGGAUGCUGAUAUACGAA